AUGCUAAGCUUUCAAUGCUCUCUUCACCUUCUUCAGCCUUCUACGGCGAAGAACAACCACUCGAAUUUUUGUUUACACAAUUUGGCGCCGUUUCGUGUCACCGGCACGAUCCAGGUACCGAGGAUCCAUCAGGCAUGUGGGAAUCGGUCUAGGAAGAGUGGGAAGCUGCGAGUAAAUGGUGUGGGUCGAGAAAUGGAAGAAGAUGUGGAAGAAUUUGGAGAAGAAGAUGAAGAGGGAGAAGAUGAGUUCGCGUCGAGGAAGAGAGGAGAUUACGGAGGGAAGCAAGCGGAUAUAAAUUACGAUAAAGACCCCGAGUUCGCUGAUAUCCUUGGAGAUUGUUUAGAUAACCCAGAGAAAGCUCAAAAGAAGAUGGAAGAGAGAUUGAGGAAGAAGAGGAACAAAAUUCUGCACACUAAGACUGGUUCAGCAACUUCUAUGCAGGUGACAUUCAACAAAUUUGAGUAUUCGAAUUCAUACAUGUGGUUGGAGUUUUACAACGCACCGCUGGACAAAGACAUAGCCUUGAUCUCUGAUACAAUCCGUUCCUGGCAUAUCCUUGGACGUCUUGGUGGAUACAACUCCAUGAAUAUGCAAUUAUCACAAGCGCCACUGGAUAAAAGGCCAAACUAUGAUGCUAUCCUUGGAGCUAAUAUCGAGCCUACAACAUUUUAUAACAUUGGGGAUCUUGAGGUCCAAGACAACAUAGCUCGCAUAUGGCUCGAUAUCGGGACCUCAGAGCCGUUGAUUCUUGAUGUUCUGAUAAACGCAUUGACACAAAUUAGCUCAGAUUAUGUCGGGAUCAAGAAAGUUGUAUUUGGUGGGUCUGAGUUUGAGAGCUGGAAGGAGAACUUAACAUCCGAGGAAUCUGGUUUUAGAGUCCACAAGAUUUAA